AUGAAUACAUGGUUGAUAAUAACCCCUGGGAAUGAGCUCUUACGUCGGAUGCGAGACCUCGCGAGGAAUAAAAUGCCAGACACUACACUCCAGAUUAUGUGGACCAGACAUUUACCUACGGCUGUUCAAGCUGUUCUAGCUGUCACCGAAGUAAAGGACCUGGAAAGCCUGGCGACGGUGGCGGAUAAGGUGAUGGAAGCGACCAGGCCGGCGGAAAUUGCCGAAGUCAGCAGCGUUACGUCCAGCAAGCUCAGCGAUUUAGAGGACAUGGUGGGUAAACUGCAGAUCGAAAUAGCAGAACUACGUCAGUCGAGGUCGAAUCAACGCAACAAUAACUCAAGUAACAGGGGGAGGCCCGGGCGAUCAGGAUCGCGGCAACGCAGCGGCAGUAUGUCCCGGAAGAACCCGAAGUGGUUGUGCUUUUACCAUCAUCGUUAUGGUCCCAAGGCCGCGAAGUGCGUAGACCCUUGCAAUUGGACUGGAGCGAAGCCGUCUACGCCAUUCGCACAGGGAAACUAG